AUGGCACUCCUGGAGUGCAGGGGUCAUGGGCUCACAGAGAAGCCUACAGUUGGAGGAAUCUACACAGUGAUUCAGACCAAAUCCAAGAUCACAGUAGAUGAAUGGGGGGAGAACUACUAUAUGAUGGGGCCCUACUUCGAACACAACUUUAAGACCCAGGUGGAGGGCUGCGAGCCGCCAAAUCCUGCCAUCAGGAUGGCCAUGGAUGCUCUCAUCCACAACGGCUGCCAGGUUCAUUUUGGCCGCUGGCUGAUUGAGGGCAGCCCCUAUGUGAUCCUGUUUGACAUCAGCUCUGCAGCCUGGAACCUGGACCGCUGGAAGGAGGACCUGUGGCAGACCUGCAGUAUUGGCCUGCCCUACCACGACCGAGAGGCCAACGACUCACUCAUCCUGGGCUCCCUGAUCGCCUGGUUCUUCAAAGAGUUAACAGACCAGCUGGGCGACAAGCCCAAUGUCAUCGGUCAUUUCCACGAGUGGCAGGCUGGUCCAGGGCUUAUUCUCUCUCGCUCCCGCAAGAUUCCCAUGGCAACGGUCUUUACCACACAUGCCACACUGCUGGGACGAUACCUCUGUGCUGGGAAUAUCGACUUUUACAACAACCUGGACAAGUUCAACAUUGACAAGGAGGCAGGUGAUAGGCAGAUCUACCAUCGUUACUGCCUGGAGAGAGCAGCGGUCCACUGUGCACACGUCUUCACUACAGUCUCCCAGAUCACUGCUGUGGAAGCCAACCAUAUGCUGCACAGGAAGCCAGAUGUGGUGACCCCGAACGGCCUGAAUGUGAAGAAGUUCUCGGCCAUGCAUGAGUUUCAAAACCUACACGCCACCAGCAAGGCCCGCAUUCAGGAGUUUGUCAGAGGACACUUCUAUGGUCAUCUGGACUUCAACCUGGAGAAAACCCUAUUCUUCUUCAUUGCUGGACGCUAUGAGUUUUCCAACAAGGGAGCUGAUAUUUUCCUUGAAUCACUGUCCAGACUCAAUUACCUACUGCGGGUCCACAGAAAUGAUGUAACAGUGGUAGUUUUCUUCAUCAUGCCAGCUAAAACCAACAACUUCAAUGUGGAGUCACUGAAGGGGCAGGCAGUACGCAAACAGCUCUGGGAUACAGCUCACAGUGUAAAAGAGAAGUUUGGCAAAAAGCUAUAUGAUGCUCUGUUAAAGGGGCAGAUCCCUGACAUGAACUCCAUUCUGGACAGAGACGACUUCACCAUUAUGAAGAGAGCCAUCUAUGCCACUGAGGUACUGAAUCCCUUCUCUGAUUGUUCUGUUUACAGUAAACAGUAA